CACCGCCAUCAUUCAACUUGGCAACACUGUAAUCGCCGGCGUUUUGGCGGGUUGUUGGCUUGGCGGUUGCAAAGCAAGGACCCCAUUGUCAGUUGCCCGGUAGCCGUCGACAAAGACGUUUGUGCGUCCAUUCCAUUCUUUGUUAGUCCGUCAAUCUUUCCCAAUCUCAUCAUGUCUGGCCGUGGAAAAGGAGGCAAGGUCAAGACCAAGGCAAAGUCCCGUUCCAACAGAGCUGGGCUGCAAUUCCCAGUUGGUCGUAUUCACAGACUGUUGCGCAAAGGAAACUAUGCUGAGCGAGUGGGUGCUGGUGCUCCAGUCUAUCUUGCUGCCGUGAUGGAGUAUCUUGCUGCUGAAGUUCUUGAGUUGGCUGGAAAUGCUGCCAGGGACAACAAGAAGUCUAGGAUUAUUCCCAGGCAUCUUCAACUUGCCAUCAGGAACGACGAAGAAUUGAACAAGUUAUUGUCAGGUGUGACAAUUGCCCAGGGUGGUGUCCUGCCCAAUAUUCAGGCUGUUCUUCUCCCCAAGAAGACUGGUGAUGCUGGCAAGAGUGGAAAAUCCAGCAAGUCUCAAUCCCAGGAGUAUUAAUUCAAUAUUCAUCACUAUUUCAUUCAUUUUAUUCCUGAUCUUUCUCUUACUUUGACAAUAAACAUUUCCCAAUUUA